AUGUCUCGCACGAAGACAAACACACUUCUGGUCGUCAAAUACCCGGAUCACCUGACGGAAUAUUCCGUGGAUGGUGUGCUCAUCAACGACAUCAUCGUCAAAAUUCCAGGCACCAUUGUCACGCAUGCUGUCAAGUUGUGCGAGAAUAAAUACAUCGUGUGCGGGACCAACUGGAACUCUCCCAACAAUCGAGUGUGCAUUGUCAAUAAGAAAGGCCAUGUAACAAAGCACUUCAAACAAAAGCAACAACAAUUAGCCACCCCAACGACUUCCAUCUUCAUGAAAGACUUGCUUUUCAUCGACAAAUCUGGACUACCAGCAAAACAUUUUGGUCAAAAUCAGUCAAACAUAGCCUGGCUUGGCCAAGGUGACGAAAGUGAUUUGAAGAGGUUCACUUAUGAAAAUAUGACGGGAUCAAACAGAAACAACAAUCACAACUCCAAUAUAAAAAAUUUCAGCCACAACAACGCUUUGGCUACUUUUCACCCUUACAGUAAAUGUGGACAAGAUAUUCAGAACUGCAUAUUCAAUAUGAGAUUUGACAAAGAAUUAUUGCACAGCGUAAAUCUCAACACAAACUGUUUCCCUGAUGUGUUGGGACAGAGCGCACGUAUCAACAACGGUUUCACAAACUUCACGGACCACAACACAGCAGCCAGUCAAAUGGUUGCCACGCCUACUACGGAGCUUAUGGACCCAGUGACGUUGAUCCAUCCUUCCGACUGCGCCAAGUACAUGCAGCAGUCACAGCAGCAAGAAAAACAGCCGCAAAAAUCUCAAGAGCAUCUUUCAAAAACAUCGAUACAAAUGAAAAAACCGGUUGCAAACGAUGAAAAGAAAUGUACCUUACCAACAAUUAUCGAGCCCGUCUAUUUAUCGCUUGAUCAAUAUGACCAGCUGUUGGUAUGUGACUACGCUAGCAAUGCAAUUUUCUUGCUCGAUUCAAACCUCAACUUCAUAAGGACCUUGGUUGGUUCACAGAGUGACUGCCCGCCUGAAGUUGUGGCUAAAAAUUUUCAGACGCCAGAACAAGCACAACUUCAAAUAAAUUCUAAAGCUUCAUUUGCCAAUCCUUAUUUUAACACAAUGUCAAAGUUGGAACAACAAAUUGCGAAACAAAUGCUCUCACAGCAGCAGAUAACAUCACAAAAUUCAAUCCAAAAACAGCUGCUUCUUCAGCAGCUGCAACCACAGCCCCAACUUAACAUGUACCGCAAAAAUUCAGCUACCGCUCCUAAUAACUACUACUAUCAGCAGCAAUCUAAAAAUUAUAACAACGAUUCCACCAAUGUGCAACAACAGCAGGAAGAACAGCUGCAGAUUAUUAACACUCUGAGUCAAAAUAUCCCAGUUCCUACCCUGAAAUCUUCACAACCACAAAUACAACAGCUACCGCAACAACCUGAACAACAGCAGCAACAACAACAGCAGCAAUCGCAACAUGACACGACAAAACCAGAGAAUCUGCAACCACCACAACAGCAGCAGCAGAUACAACAACAGAAAAUACAGCAACAAUCACAACAGCAACAAUCACAACAACAACAAAAACAACAACAAAAACAACAACAACAUAAACAGCAACAGCAAAGACAGCAACAGCAAAAACAGCAAACGCAAAACGUUUCAAAUUAUCAAAAACAGUUUCAAUGUGGACAGACGCAACAACAAAAUCAUCAACAACAACAACAACAUCAACAAAUCAAAUCGGAACGUAAAUCAAACGGUCAAGCUCAAGAAAUUAGUCCUCAGCUAAAAAUGUUCAUAAGAGAACAGUGCAGGGAACAAAUGAAGGAAAACAUGCUCAACAACUGCCACAAACAGCAGCCACGUUAUUGCUCUCAAAAAAGGCGUUCACAAAAUCAGUACACAUCAUGUCCUGGCAAGAAAUUGUGGCCCAUACACGAAGCCACUUGGGAUAGCCGGGACGGAAACAGUUGCUGCUGCCAGGAGUUCACUACGGAGAUUUGUGAUCUUUGCAACAGAUUGAGCAACAAAUGUACAUGCAAUGAUUUAAAUUGCCAAAGUAAUUUUAUUAACCAACAGAAGAGAAACUGCGACAAUAAUAAUAUCAACAACGUUGAGCCUCUAUGCUCGCCCAGUGAAGCAGUCGCCAUAGAUUUCAAAAAAAAUUUUCUUAAUGCAACUUACAAUAAUGAUAGCAGCAACAUUAACAAUACUAACAACCUUAACAACUCCAACAACAUUAACAACUCCAACAAUAGCAAUCGGCCAAUUUACACCGACGCUCUUCCAUCUGCAUUAUACACAGAAACAUUGCCGUUCAAUGUAAACUACAACAAUAUUAACAACAACAACAACGACGAAAGUGUCCACAACAGAUCGGCCAACAAUUCACCAUCUUCUCAUCUAAUACCUAAAACUCAGCCAUCAGUUGAAGACAACAACGUCGUCUGCUGUGGUCUCUGCGAUGCCAUUGGCGACCAAGGUCCGCUGGUCAGAAAAUUUGACGUCUGCCCCUCACCAGAACUUCCUGAAACCGGUUGUCAAAAAGAGGAUGCCGAACUGAUAGAAGAAAUGUACGCCUUUGUUCCAAAUGCUGCUUUUUUCUUUAAUAAGACUCAAGCCCCCGUUGUCGAAAGGCCCUACAGAGUUCUGCUGGAUGAGGAAAAGAGAAAGUUGUACAUUAUUUCGUCCUCAUCUUUCAAUGGCAAUCAAUUGCUAAUGUUCAGUUAUUAA